AUGCCACCGGAAAAUCCGCUGGAUAGAGAGAGCUUCGAUUAUCUGGCCCGAGCUGCUGGCCUGGAUUCGGGUGAUCCACACUUGGAUGAGCUAUUCCCUUACGUGCAGAACGCCCUGGCAGCCAACGAACGCCUGGCCGAUAUCGACACCACGGAAUAUGAACCCGAUACCGCCUUUGAUCCAGCCCAAUUCUAUCAAGAAUAG